AUGGUGUUACCCUUCUUCAGGGACGAUGGAACUGUCGAUCUGGGAAUGACCCACAAGGAAGCAAAGCGCAUUGCCGAAAGGGGCGUCACUGGACUCGUGCUGAUGGGCAGCAACGGCCCUAUCCUUAGCCACCACACACGCCGCAUUCUCCUCUGCUCACUCUGCUAUUAUUUCGACUUUUAUGGAUAUAAAGAAGUUCAAUUGAUGUCCAUGGGAUGCGGUGGAACCAGUGUCCGGGAUACUCUACAGUUUAUCUACGAGGCAAAGGAGUUCUUCGCCGACUUCGCCCUUGGCCUGCCACCAGUGCAUCUGGAAUUUGAUGCACACGCCUCUGACAUUGAGGACUUCUAUACAAGAAUCGCAUGGCAGUCGAAGCUUCCCAUUGUCGUGUACAAGUUCCUGGGCGUAACGGAUCUAACGGCUAUCAGGCUGUUUCGGAUUCCUGCGCUUUUGAAGUAA